AUGGCCGCCACCAUACAACAACCGCCACGAAACGACCCCGCUGCAAAUCUUCAUGUCAAUCUAUACCCACGCACACUUAUGGACGACAUUGACUUUAGAGACAACCGAUACCCACCUCUUUCCAAACCCAUUCUACAGUCUCCACCUCAACAAGAUCAGCUGUGGGACAGAUAUGACCCCCAAUCCUUUCAACGUUCCUUUGAACCAUCCAAUAGCAUCUCGGGAUGGCCUGCUGGACAGUCAAGUCGGGUUGACUCUCAGUAUCAGCAGACCCCCUCUAGGCAAAGUGCCCGCUCGCCUGGCCUACUUUCUACUCAAUCUCAGUCCCAAGAACCCCAGCGCACCUCUUUGUCGUAUGCCCUACCAUCAGGUGCUUCGCGUCGGGUUGUUGAACGGUAUAGCUUAGAGGAUAAUGGCCAACGCGCUCCUUCGAGAGCUUCAACAGAGACACGGCCGACCCUAGUGGAGUCUAACCAGGAUACUGGACGCAGCAGGACGAAUACGCCUCAACCUACCCGCUUGAAUGAGUUGCAGUCGCGGGACAGACCAGUGUCCAUUCUUCCUGCUACUCCCCGCCGUCCUGCCGCACCGUCUUCUUCAGCGAGCCCUAACGCUCUUGGUGGUAGUAGUCAAUUUCCUCCCGUCAUGCCUCUAUCAGCUUCUCCAACAUACAACCCUCCGGUGGCGCCCAAACAUCGGACAUACCCGCAACAACCUACAUACAUUACUCCUCCCGAUGCACCCAACCCCAUCAAUAUGGUAUAUUCUCCGUCACCACCAUUGCAGGAAGAAGUUUGCGUGGAAUGCGCCAUGAGAGAUCAAGAUAUGGCGGAUGUUGACGUCGCUUCCCCAGGCGUCUGGGAACGAGCAAGCGACGUACUCUUCGAAGAUCUUGUGGAAAGAGAAUUACAGGAUGAGGCCAAUGGCGUUGUCGUUGUCGACGAUUCGUCACGACCGAAGGCAAGAGGUGGUCGUUUGACCGAACAAAACCUCAAAAUCUGGUUAAGCAUCAAUCCGCGUGAACCUGCAUCAAGGCAACAGACUCUGAACACUUACAUCAAAUCCCAGCGAGCUUUGUUGCAAGCAGAGGCUCUUGCGCAUGCUCGGGCAAUGCAGGAGGCGAAGCAGCUCGACAACAGGAUGCGAGACACAUAUUCCCAGUUACGACGGUCUGCGUACGACAUGGGUGCCGCUUCAUCCCCCGCGGACGACUUUGGCGGCGUUCGCAUCAAGCCUCCACAGUCCCCUUCUUCACCAACCAAUAUCCAUGUGCAUACUCGGUCACAAUCACGCGAAAUAACGUUGCUUGAGAAUGGCAUGAUUGUGGAGCAUGUCGAUGUUCGAAAGGAAGAGCGCGAGGCACGAGAACGCCGGCGGAAAGAAGAAAAACGUGCAAGAAAGUCUUCUCGGAGUUCUGUUAUGGACGUCACUUCUAUCAUUUCUGCACAGAGCUAUGGCCCACCCACCGAUAACGGCCUCAAGCCAUACUCACGAUAUUCCCAUUCGAGUUCUGCUCGACCGACGAGUGUUUUGACCGCCCCGCCAGAACGCCCAGAUUUACCUCGAGUUUAUUCACAGGCUUCUUUCUCUGAAGUUCACAGCUUAGGCUCGGGGUCACCCAGGCGCACCAGGUUUUUUGGAAUUCGAAACCUAAGUGCUGGUUGGAUGAGCCAAGAUAGUUUGGCCCCUUCCGGAAUGUCUGGGAGUAUGGUUGAUAUGCACGUUGCCCUUCAACGCGAGGCACAAGGACCAAGCCGUCUCACGACCUCACCUAUCGACCUCCGCGGGUCUCGUCACAGCCAAAUUUGGCCUCCCACACAGCAAGAGGCGGGAGAUACUUGCCAAACCGCCUUCGAUGAAAAAUCAAAGAAGAAGAAGAAUGGCCUUGCAAAGAUCUGGCGCAUUGUUACUGGAACGAAGGCGGAGGCUGAUCGAGAACAACGAAAAAAUGAAAAGCUCGAGGACGAUUUUCCCCUUGCACCUCCUCCGCCACUCUCGUAUCUCGUGGAGCGAGGGCCUUCUGAACUUCUACAGUCGACUCACCGACACGCAUCCACACCCUCAGUUCCUUCAAUGACAUCGCCAAGAUUAGGGUUAUCUUCUUCUGGUAUGUCGCCACCUACGGCCCCCUCUAGUGUCCUGCCAUCUCCGACCUCGUCAAGACCGCCUGGCCCUGAAGCAGACAUGGUCGAAGUCCGCACAUUCGUUCAUAAUUACCCCGAUGACCAGGACAACAGACAAAACCACGAAGACAAUAUAGGAAAGACUCAAGCCAAAUUUGUUUACCCGGUCACCUCAGAACCAGACCUCCGACUGCAGAAUCCACCCCUGGCGCCACUUGUCCCAAACCGGCUUUCAAGAGAGAAGUCUCUCCCUCCUCUUCCUCCAGGUGAAGCUCCGGCUCGGCAGUCACCCGAUUCCAGGCCGCAAACGGUAUACACAUAUACCCCUCAAUUGUUACCGCCUGGUUCGGGACCAGCGCACGAUUUCCUCCCUCCGCAAGCCCCGUUCCGCAAUGGGGACACUCGACGCCAAUCCUUUGGCGGUAUGACUUCGCAACCCAACCUGAGGUUACAAACGAUGCCUGCCAGCAAAGCGGUUGAGUUUGACGGUCGUCGAUCAUUGGGCCCCCGUUAUGACGAGUUUGGCCUAUCUCGUAGAUCACUCGGAAGGCUUGAGCAUGUUCAAGAGCACCCAACCCGAAGCGCGUCUCCCGUUCCAUCAACCAAACGAAAAAGCAAGUUUGGAUUUGCAUCAUUUUUGGGUAAAAAGCAGCCAAUUCAGAAGCAAGAAAGUUUUCAGGAUGACAGUCGCCUCCAGUUUCCAUCCAUGAGACAAUUUGACUAUGAAGCUCAGGAUGAUCCAGCAACCAACGGAUACGCCACCUCCACUUCAAGACACAGUGCAUUAAGCAUGGGAGCAUCCAAUAAUCCGAACCUUCGGAUGUCAGUAACCUCGCGGAAAGCUCUCGAAGAUCUCGUUGCUCAGGACCCUGAUUUCGUGGCCUACCGUUACCCCUCCAACGACCAACAAUUAGACCUUUUAAGAUAG